GAUGUUGUUACACUUCAGAUAUUUUCGCUAUUACAAACCGAGAAUCGCUAAUCGAAUGCUCAUAUUCGGGUUGCGCAGUUUCAAAUAACAAUGGGUUGCUCUACUCGCGCUGACCUUAAGUGUAUUCGCUUCGCAGCCUAUUUCGUCUCCACCAUGCAGUAAAUGGAAAAUUAUCAUUAUCCUCUGCAAAAUAUUUUUGUUCAUAACCCUUUCUCAUGUAUCAUACCCCUUCCACAAGGAAACGAAAGUUCCUUUUUCAGUGUCCCUGUGCCCUUAUCGUCUCAACCCAAACGGGGGCCGCUUCUUCAAGAUCCAUCUACAACCUUCAAUCCACCAACAAGCAGUCCUUCAAAUGGUAUCAUACAAACGUCAUUAUGUGAAGUAAAUUUGGAUGAUGUCCCGAUGGAAAUUGUUACUUCCGAGGAAGACUCGGGAUCAGAAUAUGCUGAUGCUUUCCUCUCCGCAUACACAGAGUCCGAGGAUCCAGUUGUUCAGAACUGCUCAGCAGAAUUAGAUGAAAUUGAACUCAGAAGUCGUGCACUAAGGAGUAUGCUGCUCCAGAAAAAAACCGCUUCAGGGAAUAGAACUCAACCGAAAACUGAUCUCACACUGCUCCAUAACUUACCUGAAGUCAGGAAUUCGUUUUCAAAAGUCAAGGCAUCAUGUGAUUCAUCAACUCUAAAACAUAAGCAGAAAUUUAUAAUUACGUUACAUGAAUCAUCAGAUAGCGAUGACUCACUUAGUCAACCUGUUGGUGCUGUUUUCAAGGGUUCAACAGCAAAAAGAUGCGCUUCUAAGCCUCCUAUUAACAUGGAUAUUCCUAAUCAGUCAAAGAAAAUCAGUCGUUUUCAUCAAGAAGAAAAAAUGUUGUUGCAAAGAAAAAUGGAGCUUCUCCGACUGAAACUAACUGUUAAACGUCAACAACACUUGAUAGAUGAACGACGUAAAAUCGUUCGGAAGUUAUCGACCACGUUAUCAGAACUUCGUAGGCGCAGUAAGCAUACAGCUUUGUUGUAUAAAGAAGCUAGUAAGUCUCUUGUCAAGGCCCAACGUACAAAUGCUACUUAUCAGCGAAAACUUGCUUCAGCCCAAAAAUUAUAUUCAGAUGUGCUUAAUUCUGUAAACCGCUCCACUGCGGACAUAAUACAAACAGGUUUUGCUUUAUCAUCUGUAAAUCUACGCAGAGAUCUUAUUAUUUUGUCUCUAGAUGUUCUACAAAGAGCGAAAGUGGUUACGUGGUUUCUUGUUCACUAUCAUUUUAACCCAACUACAUCAAAGUUUAACAUGAAAAGUGUGAAGCCGGUGGCAACAGUAAAACCAAGUUCAGAAACCUUGCUGGAAUUCGAUCCAUUCCGCCCGAUUUGCCCAUUUUUUCUCGAUGGUGAAUGUCUAGACAAAACAUGUAUAUUUCAGCAUCCCAAAAAUUCAACUGUUAUAAAAGCAAAAUCGAAAACUUUUUCCCCUUUAUUCAUGGUUAGCACAAAUGUUGUGUCUCUGCUUGGUGAGGAAAAUAAAGGGAGAUAUGAUGACGUGUAUUGUGAAGUGUGCAAAGAAAAUUUGGUCAUGUCUGCAUCAGAUUUCUCUCAGUCAUCAGCAAUACAACGCUGGCAUACAGCUUAUCUUGCAUAUUUACGUUCAGAACCAAAAAGCUCGGCCUUCCUUCAUAAAUUCUCAAGCGACCUCGAAAAUUCCUCAUUCCCUGCAGAUUUAUGUGCCCAUCUAGUAUUCGGACUUUUGUUAUGUUCUAAUAUGGAUCCAAUAACAGUUAAGCAAAAGCUUUUUGAUUGCCUAAAAGCCUCCAGUUUUCCAUUGAAUGCUUGUAGAUUAGCAUUACGACAUCCCAAUUUAAGCAUACCAAUCCGCAGAUCAAUAAUUAAAUUGUCUCUUGAAUAUAUAACUCUUCAAUUCCAGCAAGAUGCACAAGCAAGUCAAGAAUCAAAGUUUGAGUCAUCUUUCGCGUACUUCGUUUAUCAGUGGUGUUUGCUUGAACAAGAACUUGGUUUACAUAACAAGGUAAUUACCAUCCUAAAACAUACUCUCAAAUCAUUACCUACGGAGAACAAGCUAAUUUAUUUCUUGUGGUGGUUACGAUUAUAUCACCAACUAAAUGGUACUUUACCCCAUGAAAACCUAUUUUCUACCGCCAAUUCACCAUGCUUCUCCAAACCAGUCCUCUUAUCUAACCUGGAAAUUAUUGAAAUGGCAGCCACUGAAACUGGUAUUUCUAAAAAUUUAUCUCAAUUACUGGAAUCAUUUGAAACAAUUAAAAAUGAUAUUAGCUUCACUUGCUUUCUGUAUAUCACUCAUUUAUACAUUCAAACUCUUAAUGCAGAUUCCAAAUUUAAAAGUGCAGCAGAUAUAGCACUGACAGUAUCAUUACAUUCCCCUGAGUUUGUAGAUGAUUUAUUUUUCCCAUCUGCAGUAUAUUCUUUAUUUUCCUUAGAUUCAUCUCUUGACUGGACAAGCUUGAUUAGUAAUGUGUCUGACAAAUUACGAGUCAACCUUAAUUUAGCCCAUCGAAUUGAAUUUGGAUUCUUGAUAACAUGUUUAAAUUGGCGUAGAAAAACAUUAAAUUCUACGGAGUUUCAUCUUAUUGAGUGUUUAGGCAAUUUAAUCUUUCUUCCAAAAGAUGAUUACGAAAGUGUUAUUUCAGCGUAUGAAAAUUUGUUGAAUAUAAAGUCCAGUAAUAGCAGUCUUGUUAACUUUAAAUUGUGUCCACGAAGUUCCACAUAUUUAUGGCUCAGUUAUUGUCUGUAUACCACUAUCCAUUGCCUAAAUUACGGUGAAGUUUUAGACCACUUAAUUAGUCACUAUAAGUCAUGCAUCAUGAGUUGUGCAAACGAAGAUCCAAAUUAUGUUUUCAUUCGUCUUUUAGCCCUAAUGAGUCUAUUAUUAGCAAGUCAUGUGAAUCAGUUAGAUAGUUCAACUUAUCCUACUGUCAUAAAGUUACUGUUCAUCGAUAACCCUUUCAAGUUGGAUCGUAAGUUACUUCCAGCGUACUUUCUUGAGUUGAUUCAACAAAUUAACUUAGGUCUUCUUCCUUCUGGAAUUCGCCACGAUAUAUGUGUACAACUUGUUGAAAUAUAUGGUGCUUCUCUGGUUCCCUCUUUGUGUCGGACUUUGUGUGCUCUAGGUGACCACUUUUUAGCUCAAAGUCUGUGUGCAAUCGGAUGUUUAGAUAGACCUGAUAAUGAAGACUUCUGGCUUUUGUAUGCUUCGACAACAUUUAAAACUCUUUCACAUAUACGAUCAUCUGAACAGUUAUCAACUCUUCUAGAAAUUCUAAUAAAUGCAACUUCUGCGGUGACUUCAAGUUCUCGACUUUGGAAAUAUUAUGCACUUGCUGUUCGCAUUGCCAAGGUAUCAGUAGAACAAAUAACGAGCCGUGCAAAGUCUGUUGGAAUGUAUGAUCUCAUUUCUAGUAGUCUGAACGAUGACAAUCCUACGAAAUUUUUAUCAGAAAUUGGACUCCUCUGUGAUGAAAGAUCUAUGGACAGAAAAUGUUAGAAUUAAACCAUAAAAGCAUUCAAUCAUCAUUACAAAAUUUUUUCCAGCCAAGUUAUUUUAAGAGAGUCACAUACACAAAUAUUAAUGCUGCGAAAAUUUUGUUCUGGUAAGUGCUAUCUGUAGAGUCCGAUAGACCAGUAUGAAGAUCACUUUCGGUCACAAAUUGUAUAUUAAUUUAUAUAUGUAAAUAAAGUUCCAUUUGUAAACAAUUACUCAAAGUCUUGUUCUCAAUUUUCACAAUGAAGUGCCAUGUUCGUUUUUGUCCUUAAGAUGAAUAAACUUAAAAAUGAUAAUAUUGGUUUGAACUAACUUUCACACGAGUCCCAUUAAUAAAGUGACGUGAAAAUACGUGACCAACUUUACAGAUUUUUAACAGGAUUUCCUAAUUACAAAAAUUCAGUUUAUUUAAAUAGAAUUGCUGUCAGAAUAGAUGGGUUAUAACGUCUCUGACUGGGUGAUACUGGCAAAAGCGGGUUCAUAUCUCACACGGAACACUAUUUUCCCCAAGAUUACAAAUACGCCUUGUUGACGAGUUCCAACUAGCAGGGAAGCUAAGUCUAAGACUUCAUGUUGACUGUUUCCAACCAUUUAACUUGACGAACUCGCAUCAAUGCCCCCUGUGUAUUGUGUACGCUGUUCGGUAAGAUUAUGAUCAUUCUCAGGCGAUGAGAGCAAAUUAGAGAUAAGACAAUAAAAUUGAUUGUAGUGUAGUGAAUUUCAAAUAUCAAUCUUACACUUGCGCUCAUCAGUUUUCUAGAUUUGCUAACAAUGUCGGGACGAACUUGUCCAACCUUCGAUUCGCAUUAGUUUGAAAUGAGGUGGCUAAAUAUCAGUAGUAGACAGCGAUCCGCGCUUAUUACAUAACAGUUAUUGAUCCAGUUAAAUACCCAACUUUGGUAGAUUGAGCAAAAUCAAAACAUAUGAGUUUUGUCCUAACUAUAUUUAUGUCCCUGUAGCACUUCGUCUCAUAGGUUGGUCAAUUGUGAUAUCUUUAAAGUACCUAAAUAUUUGUCAAUUUCCCGUUAGGACGCUGACAUAUUUGGUGUUCAAUGAACUAUAAUCUGCACGUUUAUUACCAUAUUUCUAAUGCCUAAAUUGUUAUUGUAAUAAAUUAUAGCUAUAAAUUACUUUCUACUUUAAAAAUUCUAUCCAGUUAGCUAAGUAUAACAAACAAGUCAACACUAUUUCAACAUAUGGUUUGUUCCUAAAGAAGCGGAUAUGUUUAGUGAGCAGAAUGUGACAAUUCAUUAUUAAGAUGUUAAAUAUUGUGGGACGAUUGUUAGUCUACACCUCGUCUCAACCGACAUUAUUUUUUGUUUCAUCAACUAAUCCUGACGGCACUCGAGGUUGGGGGGUAUUUUAACAUGUGUAGUACAUUAUUUACUUCACAUAAAUACUAUUAAACGGCUUUUGCAGAUGAAAAUACUGGAAAAUAUUAAGGUCAUCUUGAUAACGGUCUGUUUUAUCACAAUAAGCAUGACGCUGAGUACGUAAAUCUACUAUAAGAACUCUACUUCAGCUGUUAACAAGACUUACAUUAAUGUAAAAAAGGUCAGGGUAUUCUACUACUUGUGACGAUGUCACUUAAUUAAUAGCAGUAAUGGAUAGGAUACCUUUUUGGGAGUAAAUUCAGCGAUCGCUAGAUAAACGUUUUUCUUGAAUGCUUGAAGUUAAAAAAAUCAACUGGUGUCCACUUACUAUCUAGCAAUUGAAUCCUAUUCAUGUGUAGUAGAUAAGUAGCAUUAUAACCUUUACAAAAAAUGGUUUAAAUAAAACCUUCCAAAUAGCUAUUAUCCGAGUGAACGGGUUCUAGAUUUUAGAAAAGCAUCGGAUCCUAAACUUGUUUCUGGAUCAUCUUUAGAAACCAAAAACAAGUAGUUUUUUUUUCAAAAAAACAAUAUAGGGUAGUUAAUAGCCGUAAGAAUUAUACAUAUAUAUAAAUUUACAUCCCACAGCACAUGCUAAAUAUUGAACUGCUCAAUAAAAAUAACGUAGUGGAGUUCCUAAAGUAUUCACUGGAAAUUUGAAUCAGUAUCAAGUUUGAGUGCAGUUUCCAAAAACAAAUUACCUUUGUAGUCAUUAAACUGUAAAUGAGU